UGAUUUGUGGUUGUGGCAAGGUCAGUUAUCAACUCCAGGCUACCAUUGGAGGUACCGGUGGGUUGGAGCUGUUUUGUCUUGGAUGCUACUGUUCUUUUUGAAGUGCCACGCGGUGUGUUCCGCUCAUCUUGCAGCUUUGCAGGAUCUUUCAUUUUAGCCUUAACCAUUGACGCUGGAUCUUUUUAGCGUUAACCUCUGAAACAGCAAAGACAGAGCGACCAUGGCCAAAACAACACCCCCUGCACCAUUACGACGACUUCUUUGUAAGUAACUAACCAUGGCAGCUGUGAGCAUUGCGAUAGUCGGGAGGGACGACAAACCAGUGUAUUGCAAUGAGUUUCCUACCAAGUACCACUGGGAAGCGAAUUCUGGAACGAUGGGUCGCUGGGAAGAUGAGUUGUUUGGUUUGGAGCAUUUGAGCGAAAAGGACGGUCAAUUUACGGAGGACGACUUUGAUUGUUCUCUGAAGCAACAGUUCAUUCUGCAUGCUGCCUUGGAUCGGUUUGUCCAAUUGGCAGGACCGCCGCCUGGCUUUGGUUGGAGAAGUCCUGGUGUCGUGGGAGUCGAUGCCUACUUUGUCGGAUUGUUGUGUCCCGUCGAAGACUAUCGGGUGUAUGGCUAUGUGACCAGUACCAAACUCAAAAUCAUUGUCGUUGUGGAAGACGAUGAAAUGAUACCGUAUUCAGAACAGCCAGCUGUCGACGAUAGAAUCAAAGCUCUCAUGGCCAAAAUCCAUAAGAGCUACGUGGAAUACACGCUCAAUCCUUUCAACCAAAUUGAAGGUACUCCCAUCAAAUCAAAAACGUUCAAGUCCAAGGUAGAGCGGGAUGUAGAAGCAUUCAAUCGGGCUCUGUCAUGAGACUUGGCUUGCAUGCUUUGCAUGCCAGACGAAGAAUAAAAUAAACACCCUACUGUAGCUAGAUAGCAUUGGAAGCUACUCAGCUCAAUGAUACCAGCAGCUAAUAAUCGAUACGUUGAUUAACGGAACAAAAGAAGCUGGUGGUUUGUAAGUUUGUUUGGAUGGGUUAGCUUGCAUGGAAUUGAUCAUCAACAGGGCGGUCGAUCUGUGUAAUAGAGUCGCCAAUCUAAUACGUACGGAAACACAUCAUUGGACUUCUUUGCAUGUCCUCAGUUGCCUCCGUGUACCGUACGGUAUGGGCCAAAAGCCGUUUCUUUUGAUUUUCCCGUUGGUUGUCUUCGUCUUCUUCUUCCAGCUUUCGGUGGUGGCGUGUGCAGCACCCCGUUCCUUGGCUGCUCGUGAACGAUGUCACCACGCCCAAUGCAGUCAAAAUAAACAAACCAACCGGCUAUC